AUGCGCGGCGGCGGCGGCGGCUCUUACGCGCGGUGCCUGUGGGGGCAUCCAGUGACGCGCAUGGGGCCUCGCGAUGGACGGAGACAGCCCCAACAAGCCCAGGGAUGGGCAGGGAUGCCACUGCUGCCUCCGUCUUUGCAAUCCUGGGAAGCUGACGCAGCUGAUACAUCAAAGCAAAUCAGGACGCCUCAUGUACAUGAGGUGAUUAUGCAUGUUGCUGAGCGCAAUAGCUUUAUGGAGGAAGUGAAACUGGAAAGGGAAAGACAGCAGAAGGUUAUUUGUGUUCAGAUCUGA